AUGGAGUCUUCCGCUCCAACGGCCACCAGCCCAGAUCAGCCUCUGACCCCGAAACCGCAUGUUGGUUGCAAGAUAUUAGCUGUAGAUACGCAGCCCUGCCGUAGUCGAGAGCAAACAUGCAGCGGGUCACCAUCUUCACCAACUAAUACUCUAUCCGCCCCUGCAGGUCCACGAGGCCAUACAGAGAGGCAAGAAAGGAGCCGGGAUAUUGAAAUGGGAAAGGAAGGGGGGAACAAGGAGACCGUCGUCAAAGAAAGGGACGCUGCAGAUCCGAGUCCGAACGUCCACCGCCUUGGGCGUCUGACAAACAAUAACCGCUGCACCCCUCAGGUGCGACUGGCAAACUUCGAGAAUAUGCACCACACUGUGAAGAAUCCGCCCUUCAACCCGCCGUUGCGUUUCUGUAUAGCAAUACGCAAUUCUCCAAGACAACAAUCAAGGGCGUGGAGUUGUCACAUGAGGCCAGCAAUCAACAGCAAUCAAAACUCCCUCUAG